CUCCGCUGUUAUUCCGGUUUAUCGGAUGGGUGAGCUACGAUGGUGAUGAUGAUGGGGAGGAGGCCCAAAACACGGUAAUGAGAAUAUGCGAAUCAAAACAUAAACAAGGAGUUUAAGGAGAGGAUUCCAGUGGAUUGACCAAGUGAUCUGUCUGGAUAAACCAGAGAAACAAGAUGAAGGGUUUACUGCAUGGGUUACCGUCAGAGGUGUCUGUCCGACUGCUGCUUCUGGUGGUCUUCCUUGUGACAGAGCAGCUUCCACCCUUUAUUCGUGAGAUCCAAGCAGAGGAGAUGUGGCUGUAUAGAUUUCACCAAGUGGAGAAGGACCAUGUGCCCACCUCUCUUAUGUUUAGUGUGGCGUGUUUUACUCCAUUCCUGGUGAUCCUCCUGUUCACCUUUCUGAAGCGAGCAGAGAGAGGAGACCUGAGGGAAGCCUUGCUCGCGGUGACUUUGGCUCUUGUGUUGAACGGCGUCUUCACCAACACCAUUAAGCUGGUAGUUGGGCGGCCGCGGCCAGACUUCUUCUACCGUUGUUUCCCAGACGGACAGAUGAACCUGGAAAUGCACUGCAGCGGUGACCCAGAUGUGGUCACUGAGGGCAGAAAGAGCUUUCCCAGCGGACACUCAUCCUUCGCUUUCACUGGAUUGGGCUUUACUGCGCUGUAUGUUGGCGGUAAACUGCGGUGCUUCAGUCUUGGGGGUCAGGGCAGGGCCUGGAGAUUGUGUGUCUUUCUCAGCCCCCUCCUCCUAGCCUCCAUGAUUGCCCUGUCAAGGACCUGUGACUACAAACACCACUGGCAAGAUGUUUUGGUGGGUUCUGGUCUGGGGCUGCUGUUUUCCUGGCUCUGCUACAGACAGCACUACCCCUCUCUCCAGGACUCUGAUUGUCAACGGCCACUAAGUCACAGAGAGACUGUCCGUGUAGCACGGGAACGCAAGCUGGCCCACUCGAACUAUAUACUACCUCUCUAGCGCAACUUUAACUUCAUACCAUCUCUAUAGCAGGGCUAUUCAGGCCCGGUGCUGGAGGGUCCAAACACGUCUGUUGUAUUCUUUGUCAAUCAGGGACUAAUUCAGACCUGGGAUACCAGGCAUGUAGAAUUGACAAAAUAAAAAUGUUUCAGCCCCCAGGACUGGAUUUAAAGAGCAACUCCUGUAGCUGCCAGACCUCCAUAUUACUCCUAUAGCUGAUCAACUUCAACAACAUACUGCCCCAUUCGAUCCAGGUUUGUUAUAGUUGGUCAACUGAUCUUCAGUAACAUGCUACCCCAAUGAUACUACUAGUACAAGUGGAUGAGUGACUAGUGGUAGAAAUGAGACCAGGCCCUAAUGAUAACCUUCCGUGAGAAUAAGGGCUGUAUCUCUUGAAUCUACCAGAUAACAGGUGCUAAACUGUCAGUGCUGCUGAAAUAGUUUUUAUUUCCUGGAAGUAGGUAAACAGUUGUACUCUCAGUCAACACACUGGAUUAAUCACAGCGGUAGAUAUUUUCUGAAAUGUUUUUUCUGAUUCAGAUUAGUCUACCACUAGAUCACAUCUCCCUUUAGCAGUCCACUACUAGACCACAUCUACACACUUUACAACUUUAGUGUUCAUCCUUACAUUGUUAGUAUUCCUGUGUAUUUAUUCUUGUUUAGUGCCGUCUCUACAGAUAAAUUACUUCCAAUUCAAAUUGGAACUUACCCGUUUUGAAAAAGAGAAACUGUUCUUUUUACGUAGAACCAUGGUUGAGGCAUUUGUAUUAAACAGAGCAGUUCGAGCUCCAAAAUAUUAUGGCCCCAUAAAAACCUCACAGGUACAUGAUCACUUUCCAAAAACUGGCCAUUGUUGUUAUUAAAGACACUGCAUAAGCAUUGCAAUGGUGGAUUUGAAUGAAUCCCAGUUCUUAGUUAAAAUGAUAUACUUUGAUACCCGUAUAUAUUUUUUGGUAUGGAAGACACCAUUUAAAUAUUUUUUUUCUGGCUGCAGUUCCACUAAUUCCAGUAAAGGCAAUCAGAUGGCGUUCGCUUAGAAGUUUAGGAAAAACCUUUCCAGCAGAACUGAUUUGUGCCUUUAUUUAAUAUAUAUUUUGUAACUUUUCUGUUUAAAUCAAUAAGCUCUUCAGGCUUUGCAUGUACAGCACAUACUAUACUUUACAGUAUACUGUGAGCUUCCUAUUUCUACUUAAGUACUGUAGAAAACAUCGCCAAAGUGCAGCUUGAACCUUCACAUUGUACCAAUUUUUCGGGAAAAUUGUACUCACAUUCGUUUUUCUUGUUUUCCGAUUACUGGGUAUGCUUGCAAUUAUUAUUUAACUUAAAUGUGAUCAUAGAAUUUUUUUGGGACGAUGUGAAUUUUUUUUCUCCAACAUUAUCACCUCAUUAGGUGUAUUGUUUAGAUGUUUGUAGUUUACAUGGUAAGGAUAUACCAGGUGUGUUUCAGGAUAGAAUUGGUUUUUAGACUGAAGUGGGAGCGUUAGAGAAAAGUUAUAGUGUAGAGUAUUUGAUGUAAAAGUCAUUAAAUUAUAACACCUUAAACUGUACAUGCUUUUUAUUUGUAGCUCAUUUAUAUAAGGUAAAAGUUGUUAAUGAAGAUAAUUUAUUCAGAUAUGCAUAAGUUUACUUGGAUUUCAUGCACUUUGUUGCUAGGUGAUAUAAACACACUUCUCAAAAAGUGACCUCACCCUGUCACUGACAUUACCACCAGCCCCAAUCAAAAUGAGGUUAACGUGUGCAGCAGGAUGUUUGGCGAGGAAGAAGCACUGUGGUAGUCAAUUGUCAUAAUUUGGUCUUCUGAACCAAUGAUUGCUUUUUAAAUAAAAAAAAAAAAAAGAGUUGGGUCUUUUCAUCUAGAUUUCAGAUGGGUGAUUUUUUUGACCCGAUUGGCUGUUCAAUUUACACAACACAGGUACAAUUCUGAAUCAAUCUCCCACUAAACCACUUUUCUCAGCACUUCCAAAAGACUUAACAGUCGGAAGCAAUCUGGUAAUAGUUCCACUGUUUGUGAUAGACUAGAUAUAACAUUCACCAUAAUACUUAAAUCAAUCAAAUUAAGAGUUAUAUAGGGGUCCAUUAAGGAUUGGGGUACAUUGCUUUCAGGUUGUAGGGAGUUUUAUCAGGCUAUUGCUUUAAUGUCCUUCCGGCAAUUCUAACCUGCCUUAUUGUCUAGAGGAGACAAAUACAAGCUGCUCCUGUUAACACUGUAGCCUUACUGUAGGGAUGAACUUAUUAGUGCCACUUAUUGUUUCUUAAGAAAAACUGCUCAAAUCUAUA